UAUAACUACUGCAACAUGCCUCGUGCUAACAAGCGGUCUUACCAAAACGUCACGUCUGAGUACAAGCUGGCCUAUGUCGAAGUUAUCCAUAGACACCAGAAGAGAACCCCAUACUCUUCGAACAUGCUUCCAGGUGAUGUGAAAGAAGAAGGUGUUCGCUAUCCGCAGAUCACCGCUGGCGGUAAGGUCGACUCUAAGCAACAUGGUCUUGAUCUAUUUCAGCUGUACCAUGAUGAACUGGGGUUCUUGCCUGAUGAAUACGACGAGGAGUUGGUCCAAUGGAGAAUCACCAACAACAACAUCACCCAACAGGUUUUCGACUCGUUAAUCACUGGAAUGUAUCCAAACGACAACAUCACUGCUGAGUUGCGUGAGGUUGAUAACUUGGAACCAAACUUGGACUGCCAUCAAGCGGAUGAUUUGAAGAAAGCAAUCAGAUCAACCCCAAUGUGGUACGAUGAGACAAACAUGACCAUUUAUGACGAGCUGGCCACACAGGAUGGCAUCAAUGCAACUUCUCAUCCUGGAUUCUAUGGUUCCAUCGACCAUUUCUUCGAUAACUUGUCGACUAAGACAUGUGCAGGUGACAUGAUAAACGUUACGAAUUCACAAUUCGAGACCGUUAUGAAACUGGGCCAUUGGGAAUACGAUUACACUUUCUACUCCAACCCCAAUGCCACCGAUUAUGGUAUUUACAAGUACGGUAACUUCACCACCGAGCUGGCUUCCCAUUUCCAAGAGGUUAUCAGUGGAGAGAGAAAAGUCAUCUAUCAACACAACAUCGCACAUGACGGUUCGAUUUCAGCCCUGACUGCACUGUUGAGUAAAUACCUCGACUUGGGAUUCUUCCAAUGGCCAGGUAUGGGCGCAGAGUACAUUUUUGAGCUCUAUCACCAAGAGUCCAACGAUUCCUACCACUUGCGUAUCUUGUACUCCGGU